UGCUUGCGUAAAAUCCCCCAUUGUUUGUUAAAAUAGGAAGAGGAACAAUACGAACAAAUAAAUCUGUAUCAUUUAGGGUGAGUCUCGAGAAAGAGGAAGGAGCUUAAAAAGUGAGAUGUUCAUUUGACCAAGAUCAAGAAUCAAAACAGAAACCUGUCGGAAAUAAUUUAAAAUGGCCGCCAACGCAGCGACUGCGAACUCAUUCAUGGAGGAAAGAGAAAAUCAACAACGCACGUAUGACGUCAUAAACUGCCUAAUUACCAACGUGUUGGACAUGAUGUCAACACUUGAACAAUUAGGUAUGAAGCCCGGAAUGAUCCUCUCUUUCACUGAUUGUCUUAACAUGGAGAAAGCAAAAAUAGAGUCCCUCAAAACGUGUAUCUUCAGAAAGAAGAUGAAAGUUACCAUCUUUGGUCCGACAAGCAGUGGCAAAAGUACUUUGGUCAACGCCAUUUUGGGUAAGGAGCUUUUAGCGUGUGGCAUGGGACAUACCACCAAUUGUUUCCUCCAAAUCGAGCAAGUGCGCGAUGACGACGACGAUGAGGAUGAUCAGGGAUAUGUUGCCCCUCGCUCCCCUGAUGGCCGCAGUCGGCUGCCCAGCUAUUCCGACGUCGCUUCACAUUUUAUUAUCCGGAGAAGUCAGUUUGCUUCAGAGUCAACAAGCGGAAGGUCCAACUCGACUAUGGAGAACUUCAGCAAUCCUCUCGACAUCCAGCAACUUCAUGAUUUGUCUGACGCAACAUCAGAGACAAGCCUCGAUAUUUCUCGUUACAUCGAGAUUUUUUUGGCGAAAAACGACCACAAAUGCAGUUUGCUGAGACAUUUUCUUCAGAUUUUGGAUUGCCCUGGUAUCAGCACUUGCAGAGACAUAGGCGAUAAAGUCAAAGCUUUCUGCGGAGAUGCUGAUUUGCACGUCCUCGUUAUCAGCACCAUCGCUGGAAUAACGGCUGAGACGAAAGAACACUUCUUGAAAGUGAAGGAACGUCUCCCACAUCCUGACAUCAUCAUUGGCUUCACUCAGUGGGAUCUAGCAGCCAACGAUAAACCAGAGAGAAAAGAAAGGGUAAAAAAUCAACAUUUGAAAUCGGCGUUCGAUCUUCUGAGUUCAACCGGAACUGUCUCCACGAUGGAAGAAUCGAGGGAAAGAUGUUUCUUUAUAUCUGGAAGCGAGGCACUAGGUGAAGCUUUGGGAGAACAAAUGAAGUACACGAAAGGACAAGAGGAAAGAUCAAAAUCGUUUCAAGACUUCUUGCAAAAGAUAGAGGAGCGAGCAUCUAUUGCUGGAAAGAAAGACAAACUGGAUACCAACCGCGAUGCAUGCAGGGAAAUCAUCAGGAAGUUCAAUCGAUCAAUCAUCGACACUAUGAUAAUGUGGAUCGAAGAAAAAAGAAUCGAAUUGCAAGAUGAGAUUGGAUCCAUUGAGCAAACCACUACAAGAUUGCACGUUCAGAAGGAAAAGUUCUUGGAAAGUAAGAGAGAGCACAGGGAGAGGAUCAUCUCCGAAGUUGAUGAUGAGGUAAUGGAAUGCUUGGAUGAUGUCAAUAAUCGGAUGGAAAAGAAACUUGGUAGCGAAAGAAACAAGAAGGCUCUAGACUCUUAUCUCCAUGAGCACGGGGAGGCUAUUAUUCAGGACUGGUACAAAAGGAUUACCAAGAGAACUAAUCGCGCAACAAGAGAUGCCUGUGAAGAUUACUCCAUAAAUCUCUUAGACGAGUACAGAAAAUGCUUCCGGGAGUUUCCUCAUGAUCAUCCAAGAGCCUACGUCAAAGCUCUCCACGAAGAAAUCUUCCAGAAAGUCGGCAACGAGAAAAUAGACGAAACCGCCGUUGAUUUCCUCCUGAAAGGCAUCACUGAUAGAGGAAUAAUUGGUUUGCUUGGAACAUCAAGAAAACACCAUCAAACAGCUAACGUUCAGGAACAAAGUGUUUUCAGAGAAAGGCAGCGAAUGGCUGCGGGUGCCGGCGUCAGGUUUCUUCGGGUACGAAAAUGGCUGUGGGGAGCAUUCGAGGACAAACUAAUGAAGAAAUUUGAGAAAGAGGGCAGUUCUUGUCUUGUUGGCAUCAAAGAGUCCUGCAGAAGAGCCAUCGAAGAGUUCUGCGACACAACUGAGGCUUACUACAAUAACCAGGUCGAGAACGGUUUGGAGUUGCAGUUCCGGUCAGAGUUGCAAGACAGAAGAUCUAAGAUCGAUAGCCUUUCCAAUUUGACUCAUACUCUAAAUACUUACAGGCAAAGGGCGAAUGAAAUAGGAUGGCAGAUUCUCGUCUCACCACCGAGCUAUCCGAAUUAUCAUACCUAAGUACUACGAUAAUGCCAGGAUCUCCGAUACGCAAGAUAUGGCGAAGAAUCUCGAUUAGUUGGUCACGGCAAGAGACUGAACCCCUGGCUUUCACGGAAAUAAAAACAAUAUUUACCUGUGCAUGAAUUUUUUACAAUUCUCACCGAAAUAUAGAUUCCCACUCCUAGCCCCCUAAAAAUGAACGUUUGUACCUGGAAUGCACUUUCUCCAAUAUCACACUGUAAACCACUGUCGUGCUUGGGGGGGGGGGGGUGGUAGUUUGAGUUCCAACCGGAAGAGAGGGGGCAGUCAAAUGUAUUGAUGUACACUGCCUUACUAGAUUAUUUCCAAACACCCCCUCAACGAGUUUUUCUCUGUGUGCAAAAUAACCCCUAGAUGUUUUAUUCGCGGACUUCAUGUACACAUUUUGGCCCCUAAACAAAUUAUCGCCAGAAUAUGACCCCUAAACAAGUUUUGACUACUUAAUUGCUAAACAAUAAUUAAGCUUAAAUAAACAAAAUUAUAUCCAUGGGUAAAGCAGCUAGGGUGAAACAUUGGGAAGAACCCGAACACUUCAACGAGGAGGAAAAGGCCUCGGGAGAAAAAGAUUGGGAAAAAACAUUCCCUGAAUACGUUUGACCCCGUUAUUGACCAUUGACCAGUCUUUCAAAACCACCCCUUUAAAUAAAAAUCGGUGUUUUUGAUACCAUUAACGAGUAAACGGCAAUAUAUUUGAGUCCCCGGGGGUGGGAGGGGGAGAUCCGACAUUGGUUAAUGGCGGAUCCCAGGUAGGGACAAAUCCGGCCGUGUUCCUAAUAAAUCAAUGAAAAUAAAUAACAUAUCAUAUUGUUAACGAUAUCAUAAUUUAAAUGCGGAAGACCAUCGAGAGUGAUUAUAGGCUGGAUAAUGAUGGCGGCCUUGUAAAAGGGAGGCGUACAUAAUUAUGUUUCUAGUACAUUGAUCAAGUGGGUGCAAUGCAGAUGCAGGUGCUGUAGGGAGUAGUUGAGGUUUUAAAGGGAUGGUCCGGGCUGAAAAUAUUCCGUUUUCUUAUGUUAUUACAUAAAAUCAUAUUUUUUUUCAUUUUUUCAUACUUGUGAGAAUAACAUGUCUCCCUUUAAUGAAAUAAGUUGCAGUAAUAACUAUCUAAUGCACUAAAUCAGUUUUCAUUCCAAUUUUCUAAUUCUU